AUCGACGGACACCCAGAAGUUGAAUCCAUGUCAGCCGUGGAGAUCUUCCGCUAUUUGCACUGGACCAACAGCACGUCGUGUCAAUUCGCUGUCUAUUUCGGUUUCAUGAUAUACGGUGCUGCAGGCCUAUUUGCACCGGACGGCCACAAAGCUGUCUGUCUCGACAAAUCCAUCGCUCCCGUCUACAAUAAUUGUCUCGUCUACUCGUUUGGCAUCAACAAUCUGUGGUCGUUCGAUGAAUCCAUGGAAAAGUUCGGAUGCCAAGUCUAUUCUUUCGAUCCAUCUAUGGGAGUGAAAGAUUACAAUCGGACUGAGAAAAUCCAUUUGUACAACAUUGGCCUGUCCGGAGUGGAUGGAUUGCAUCCAACCAAAGGAUGGAAUAUGAAAACGGCCUGGUCCAUCUAUGACAUGUUGGCGAAUAGUCAUGGGUCCUCAACGGUAAUCGAUUUUCUGAAAAUGGAUAUCGAGUUAUCCGAAUGGGAAGCUAUUCCUCAAAUGCUACGAAGCGGUUUCCUUAGCGACAAGGUCAAACAACUGGCUGUCGAGAUUCACUUUGAUGCAGGCGACUCUUUGGAAACUCUACGGCGAUAUGUCCGCAUCCUGCAAGACCUCGAGGCCAAGACUGGAACUGAGCGAGCUGGAAAAUUUAUUCGAUUCAGUUCGCGGCCCAAUCCUUGGUGCCAGGAAACCAAUUUCAAUUUUAAACGGGAAAGAGGAAUAUUUCGCAAUGGAAUUGGCGUGGUACAACUCAAAGUACUAAUCAUUUUAGCACCCAAUCAGCAGUUGAUGCCCCAAAUAAAAUUGCCCAUGAACUUGAUUAAUCGUGGAUUUCAUGUCCAUUUCAAGCAAGAACAAUGCUUAGGCUACUAUCUAUUCCCAAGUCUAUUCCUAAACAAACUGUUCUACAUUUACGGGUUCCUUUGUCAGCUAAGAAAAAUGUCUUAUACGAUAUGGAAAAAAAACAUGACGGGGAAAUCGACUGAAGCAUUUAUAGCCUGUAUGGGCGACGGUUGACACAAGGAAAAUUUGUCAACGAAUCACCGAAUAAAAGUCUUUAAGAUUGAAUAACUUUGAAAAAUAUUUGUCGUUUGAUCUGCGAUAGAUCUGCGCAUAGUUUUGGUACCCAAGAAAAGGCACACAGUUGUGGCAUGUCGG